AUUAUUAUUAUUAAAAUUAUGUAAUUUAAAAUUAAUGUGUUCGUCAAUAAUAAAUAAAUGAUAUUGUAUACUCAUUUGAAGCAAUAAAUUAUUUUAUUGAUAAUGAUAACAACGUAUUUUAGAUAUCCCCGGUUUAUUGGCGGGUGUGAGUUGUUUAAAAAAGUUUUAAGGUGAACAAAAAAAUAAUAAUAAUUAUAAAAUUUUUAGUGUAGUGUGAUAAUCAUUAAUAAUACACUGAUUUAAACAAUGAAAUAAAUUUAAAAAAUGUGUUUAAAAGUUUGAAUAAUAAUUUAUUUAAAUAAAAAAGUGAUAAAUUAAAGUUGAAAUAGGUAAUAAUGAAAAAUUUUCGUGAUUAUGGAUGGCCUUUGUCAAAGAAUAAAAUCCCUGCGGUUGACUAAUGGUAUCGACCUUAAACAAAAUUGGAGAAUGAUGCUGAGUGAAAGCGAAUCAGAAACACCAAAAGAAAAUAAAUUUAAGUAGCAGAUGGAUUCUAUUACAACUUUAUUAUUUUUAUAUUUUUUCUUAUAAUAAUGGAACUGAGAUUGAAAAAUUAUAAUCCCAAGUAAAGCUGUAAUCAAUUAAAUUAAAUUAAAUUAUGAAAAUGAUUAAAAUGCCGGUCGUACGUCGUGAUACGUACAUUGUGGCAAAGCGAACGAGAAAGUGGUCAACGGGAUGCUACAGACUGUUAUGCUAGGCUGUGGACCGGGACGUGUGAGUCGUGAAAAUUAUCCCGGAUUUCAUCCAGAUCAUCGUGUCACACGAUUCAGGAUGAACCGGGGCGAGCAAGAGACACUGUUCAGGCAGAGUCGACAGCUUACCAGAAUAGUCCCGUCCCGUGAGGAUUUAGUGCUUAGCGUUCUUAAAGCACCUAUAAAUCAACAACAAGAACAACAACAACAACAACAACAACAACAAUCAUGUAAACAUCAACAGUAUUUACAUAGCCCGCAGGAUCAUCAUACCAACUGUCAAGCACAUCAAACCCAUCAAACUCAUAAUAAAAAAUGCCCUCAUCAAGGUCAGAUUUACAACGAAAGUCUUCCAAAGCACAAAACAGAACAACAAAGCACUCGGUUAACAGAAAAACGAUACAGUGCAGCUGCAGCUUAUGCUGCUCUCCAGGGUAGUGAAGAUGAACUAGUAUCCUGCGAUACUACUGAAGAUUUAGCAUUAAAAACACCUGGUAGUGAAACUGAGGAUACUGAUAACGGUGUUAAUACUAUUGAUGAAAAUCCAACGGGACAUAAAUUCACAUUUUUACGACGUUUUCGUUCUCCCCGAUUUGGCGAAGCUCAUCAUAAACGAGUACCCACACCAAUGAAGAGAAAGCACAGAAGAAAAAAAAACAAAGGAGACAUUAUUAGCAGAACUGACGAUGGCAAUGAUGUAGAGGGAGAGGAAGAGGAAGAGGAAGAAGAAACACCGAUUCCUGUUCAAGCUGGCGUGCCUGAUCCUUACUAUCCGAUUUAUUUGCCCAUUGAUCAGGCAUUUAAGGCUAAAUAUGUCUUUCAUCAUAAAAAAGGAAAAACAUUUCAAGAACGGCUUUACGUAUUUCUUGAGCAUCCUGGUGGAUGGAUUUGUUUCGUUUAUCAUUUCACUGUGUUCAUGGUGGUAUUGGUGUGCCUCAUAUUUAGUGUACUGUCAACGAUAGAACAAUAUAGUAAUUUUGCAAACGAAACUCUGUUUUGGAUGGAAAUAUGCUUGGUUGUAUUCUUCGGUGUCGAAUAUAUCAUAAGAUUAUGGAGUGCGGGCUGCAGGUCAAAAUAUAUGGGAUGUUGGGGAAGAUUACGAUUUAUACGCAAACCAAUUUGUAUAAUAGACUUAAUCGUUGUCGUGGCGUCAAUGGUCGUCCUGUCAGUUGGAAGCAAUGGCCAAGUUUUCGCAACUUCCGCAAUUCGUGGUAUUAGAUUUUUGCAAAUUCUGCGAAUGCUUCAUGUCGAUCGUCAAGGUGGUACUUGGCGACUGCUUGGAUCCGUUGUAUUUAUUCAUCGUCAGGAAUUGAUAACGACACUUUACAUUGGAUUCCUGGGUCUGAUAUUCAGCAGUUACUUUGUAUAUUUAGCGGAAAAAGAUGCUGUGGGACCUGAUGGAAAAACUGAUUUUUCUAGUUAUGCUGAUGCCCUUUGGUGGGGUGUAAUCACCGUCACAACAAUAGGUUAUGGAGAUACUGUACCACAAACGUGGAUGGGAAAAAUAGUCGCCUCAUGUUUCAGUGUCUUCGCUAUAUCAUUCUUCGCACUUCCAGCAGGAAUACUUGGCUCGGGUUUUGCGUUAAAAGUACAGCAGAAGCAACGUCAGAAGCACUUUAACCGGCAGAUACCAGCCGCAGCAAUGUUGAUCCAAUGUCUAUGGCGUUGUUAUGCUGCUGACAAAGCCAUCAAUAGUGUAGCAACCUGGAAUAUUUACAUAAAGGACCCAGCACCUAGUGGUCAACCUUCGACACCACUUGGCAAGUUGAUUUGUGUAAAGAAGAUGUCUCUGAUGAUCCAGGUGGCUAAAAAGGCGAGCGUGCUGAAGAGGAGAAAAUCAAGAAAUCGAAUGGAGACGCAGAGCUCGCAGACUCCUACUCUUCCGUCAAUCAUGACUUCAGGAUCUGGAACAGGAGCCAGUACUCAGACCGAAAAUCAACGAAUUGACAACGAGGGUGAUGUUGUUUUUUAUAUGGAAGAACCUAAAGCUGGAACACCCAACAGAGCUCGUCGAGACAAUAGGGUAUUUCCUAUUUCCAGGGGCAGUCUGUUUACAUCACAAACUAGUUCGGUGACAGAAGCUGCCAGCGACGAGAUCGAUAUUGACAUCGACGAACCCCAGAGGGUAACAACGCUCACCGAGGCGCAUCGAAACGCGAUAAGGGCCAUCAGAAAGAUCAAGUACUUUGUAGCACGUAGAAAAUUUCAACAGGCGAGAAAACCUUAUGAUGUCAGAGACGUAAUCGAACAAUACAGUCAAGGGCAUUUAAAUAUGAUGGUGCGAAUUAAGGAGCUACAGAGGCGAUUGGAUCAAACCCUGGGUAAGCCAGGCAGCUAUCUAGCGGGAAUCGACCGGGCUGGCAAUGUGAAACCCAUGACGAUCGGCGCACGCUUGUAUCGCGUCGAACAGCAGCUGUCAGUAAUGGAUAAGAAACUUGACCAACUGGUAUAUGUAUUAAACGCGAUGGCUCAAAAACAACAAAUACCACUGAGAAGUAUUGAAGACGAGGUGUAACAAAUGCUCCAACCUUCUUUAUCAAUUUAUCCUUCUCUACCAUUAACAUCAAUAUUAACAUCAACAUCAACAUCAAUACAAAAAGCAUAAAUUCAAAUUUAAAUAAAUACGUAUCCAUUAUAUUAUAAAUUAUUAUUAGAGUAAGCUUUGUAAAAGUUGACUGUGUCAAUAUAUUACACAUCAGACAUAUACUGUUAUGGUGACUAUAUAUUAUAUAUAAACCGAUAAAAUCGUCGAGUACAAGUUUUAAGGUAAGGUGAUUUUCGUGUGCAAAGAGCAGACUUUGACGACGGUCCAUUUAUAUACCCAAAGCUCAUAAUAGCUUUUUAGCUUUAUUUAGCUUUCCUCUAACAUGACUGGAUCCUAGAUGUCAUCUCAGCCCUCCAGUUAGCUAAAUCGACUAUCCAUAUUAAUAAUUAAAUAAUCAGAUAAUCAGACACUCAAAUCAAAGUUAAUAUUCAUUGAAAUAAUAAUUAAAGAAAUUAUAACCAAUUAAAUACAGAAAGAAAAUGUUUUAUUUCGUUAAACGAUUUAUACGCACAUAUACUCGAUAAUUUACGUAGAUAAAAAUAUUAUCAGGUACAGUGUACUUGACGUACAUCAGAAUCCAGUGUAACAGGAAAAAAAAUAUAUAAAUUUUAAAUUGUUUAUAACAAUAAUAAUAAUAAGUAUUUAUUGAUUAAAUAAAUUUAUAUAAAUAUAACUCGAUAAUCGAAUCGUCCGUCAACUUUAAGUAUGAUAAUAAUAAUAUUAAUAACAAUUUUAUUAACAAUGGCAAUCGUCGUGCACUCUCGUAUAUCUAAUAGUUUUAUUUAUAUUAAAAUCACCAAUUAAUUAAUAAUAUAAAAAGAAAAAAAAAAACAUCGAUAUUAUUUAUUUAAGUUAUUAAUAAUAAAAUUAGGAAAAUAAAAUAAUUUGAGCGUACUUAAACAAUCGAUUAUAACUUGAAGAAAAAAUAAUUUUUUUUACUAACUAAAUAAGCUAUUAAAUGUUUAAAUUAUAAAAUUAUAGAUUUGUACAAUGUAAAUAUUAUUUAUUAUUUAUUUAGAGACUUAGACGUUGAUUAGUACUCAUUAGGAGUUAAGCUUCGAAUAAACAAUAAUAAUAAUAAUAAUAAUAAUAAUAAUAAUAAUAAUAAUAAUUUAAUUUAAUUCGAAAUAGUAGGGUCCAAAAAUAGAUUUUCAAUAAAUAUAAUAAUAUAUAUUCGAGGUGAUAAACAAAUAAAAUAAUUGCACCUCUUAUUUCGGACCGUGCGAAUAUAUGGCACAAAUAUAUUAAUGAAUAAUAUUCAACUUGAGAUAAUUUAAUUUAAAUAUUAAUGAUAAUACAUGUAUAUAUAUUGUAAUUCGUAAUGCGUGACUGCCUUUUCAUAUUAAUAUAUAACAGUCUGUUUGACAAUCGCGUAAACGCUAGAACGGGUGCACAUAUAAAUAUUAAAUAAAAAAUAAUAAAUAAUAAAUAAUAACAAUAGUUAUAGUUGUGGUUAUAAUGUACUUAGUAAAUGAAUACAUAUAAACACAGACACAUAUACACAAGUACUUUGAGCCUCUUUGCAAAGUCCAGUCUUUGUAUACUCUAUGGUGCCUAUCAUCCACUUAAAUCUACUUCACUAUUAGACUAUUAUCAAAUCAUCAUAAUAAUCGUUAUUAACGUAUACAAUUAAUAAUUUAUUAUUAUUAUUAAUUAUUAAUUCACCGUGAUUAAAUUAAAAACUCGAAAAUAAAUAAAAUUUAAUGCUCAGGAACAACAAAAGUAUACUUUAUCAUAUUAAAGUUUAAUUAAUUCACUAGUUAUCUUUUAAAUUUAAUUUUAAAUUAUGUUUACUGUGAUGAUAUAAGUAAAAUACAUAUGAAUUUAAAAAAUAUGUAAGUCUAUAUUAUGUAG